GAGGGGCCCUAGAGAAACCGCCAUCCCACAGUGCACCCCAGUUAUAGCCACACUUAUCCUCCUUAUCAGUGUGUGUUGUUUUUUUCUGCACUUGUAACUUUAACAACUUUACAGUUCUUGCUGUCUAUCUGUUUGAGACCUAACCAGUGUAAGCUCCUCCCACAGAUUUCACAACCUCUGGCUAUAGUUCAGUCGUCUGUGUCCAUAACUGCUCUUUGAAACCUUGCUGAUCACAGUGACUGUGCAUAAAAAAAACAAGGGACACGAUGACACCACUGGACGGCAUCAUGGACAGCCAGGUCUUCCUGGCAUUUUUCACUUACGCCACUAUUGUCAUACUGAAGAUGAUGCUCAUGUCACACCUGACGUCGUACUACCGCCUUACAAAGAAGGUGUUCGCAAACCUAGAGGACACCAAACUUUUGUCGUCAACAGUGGACAAGAAAUUGAUCGGCACAGAUCCCGAUGUUGAACGUGUCCGCAGGUGUCACCUGAACGACCUGGAGAACAUUGUCCCCUUCGUGGUGGUGGGCCUUUUCUACGCCCUGACUCAACCCGAGCUUUCGUGCGCUCUGCUUCACUUCCGUGUCUUUGCCGGCUCAAGGAUCUUCCACACCAUCGCCUAUGUUGGCGCUCUGCCUCAGCCCUGCAGGGGUCUGGCCUAUAUGCUGGGAGCGCUGGUCAACGUGUCCAUGUCUUUCCAGGUGCUCAGCGCUGUCCUUGUCUUGUAGAGACAACACUAGACCACCACCAAUAAAUUCGGACGUGGACACAUUUGUAAAAUCUGAAAAAUCUGAAAUAGCUUCGCCUCAUCGUGGUUAAUGCUAUGUUUAACACAAAUCAGACUUGACUUUUGAUUUAAAAAAAACAAAACAAACCAUAGAUAUUAAAGACUCAUAAAGGAUCAUUUCAGAAUAGACCAAUGUCAAUGCCAUUAUCUUGUUGAAGGACCCACAAACUGACUGUGACUGAAUAUUCCACCAUUUCGCAGCAUUUUUUUUCCCAUCCAGAUGUUUUGAAAUAGUUUUGUGCCCUUACGUACACAUACAUUAAGUGAGUGUCCUCCGUGUUUCACAUUAGGUAUUUUUACUGUUUGGGCUGACCGGGUUCAGGGAAGACUAGAAUUUCGUUCGAACCUCAUGUCGAAUGACAAUAAAGAACCUUGAAACUUGAA